UCCGAAGCCGGGGCAAGGGCCCGAAGCCAGCCGGUCCUGGGAAAGAUCACGGAAGGUCAUAUACGACUGCUUGAAGAUAUCAUACUUCAAUGGCUAGUAGUGCUGCUCAAGGGCCCUGUACUCACACUGAAUCAACAGUGCUUUCAUUCGCACAAUCCCGUCCUUAAUCUCCGCCUUAGCCUCCAACCGUCAUCAUGGGUGUCAGUAAAUCCGACCCAAUCAUCAUUGUGGGCGCCGGUGCCUUUGGUCUGUCCACGGCCUACCACCUGUCUUUGGCUGGUUACACGGACAUCUCCGUUUUCGAUAAGCACGAGCAAAUACCCCCCAGGGACUCUGCAGCCAACGAUAUCAAUAAGAUCUUCAGGGCUGAGUACGAGGACCCUUUUUACACAAAUCUCACCAUAGAAGCCGCGAAAGCAUGGCAAACGCCUCUUUUCGCACCAUCCUUUCACAGGGUAGGGUUUCUUCAUUGCGUCUCGGCCAAUGCCCCUGAGCGGGCCGCCGAGACUCUGCACAGGUUCCAGAAGGCCUCGGAAGACCACCCCCUUCUCGCAAAGUACGUGGUGCCUAUCAAGGGUGGCCAGGACAUCAACUACAAUGUCUGGCAGUACGGCGAGGGCCCGUGUGCCGGCUGGAAGGGCUACCUCAACAAGUUUGACGGAUAUGUCCACUCUGGCAAUGCCCUGAUCGCCCUUUACAACGCUACCCGGGUACGGGGCGUAAAGUUCUUCCUCGGACAGCAUGGUGGCGUACAGGAGAUUGUGUACCAGAACACCGGCGCCGGCCGCAAGGCAACCGGCAUUAGGACGCAGACUGGCAGUCAAAUCUCGGCGAAGCUCGUAAUUGUGGCUACUGGCGCGGCAGCGGCGAGACUUGUUCCAGAGUGCGGCAAGCAGGUCGUUGCCAAGUCUUGGUCUGUCGCUCACGUCGAGCUGACGGACGACGAGACGUCUGCGCUCCGUGGUAUCCCCGUCACCUACGCGCGCGACCUCGGUUUCUACUUCGAGCCGGAUCCGAAGACCAACCUGCUCAAGCUGUGCCCCAUGGGCGGAGGUUACGUCAACACGGAUCCCAAGACGGGAAUCUCACUCCCGCCGGCGUAUGAGGAGAGCCAGUUCAUGCCGCCGCACGAUCAGGCCAAGGUGCGGCAGCUGCUGGCGGAAACGCUUCCGGCACUCAAGGACCGUCCGCUUGUCAAGCAGACCAUCUGCUGGUUCGCUGACACGGCUGAUUCGGACUUCAUCAUCGAUUACGUCCCUAAGUCGAGUGACUCCGUGGUGCUCAUGUCUGGUGACUCUGGUCACGCCGCGAAGCUUAUCCCGCUUGUGGGUGACUGGGCCAAGAACCUUUUGGAGGCUCCUGAUAACAAGCAGCCGGUCGCAAGGUGGCGUUGGAAGGAACCUCAAGAGAAGGAGGCAGGGAAGUGGGGUGAUACCGUCAGCUGGCGCCUAGGAAACACUGAGGAGUUUGCAAAGAUCCGCCAGGCAAGGACGUCAAAGCUGUAG